AUGAGCGCCUCGUACACAUACUCACACGCCUCCUACUCGUAUCGCGACGACUCUUCGGCCUUGGACCGUCUGCUCGCUUCGACCAAGGGCGCCUGGAUUGCUGCUGGAAUAGCCAUUGUUUACUGCGCCUAUACAUUCGCCCUCAGGAGCGAAGCAAUGAGGAGGAUAUUUGGUCUUGGCUCCGGCUCGGUCAACAUACUUCCCGGCGCAAACUCAUUGAGAAGAGCCAGUUGGCUCGGUGGUCUUGGUUCAAGCUCCGAUGCGCCACCGGGUCUUGGGAACAGGAACCAAUCAUGCUAUCAGAACAGUGUUUUGCAAGGAAUGUCUGCUCUCCAGUCCCUGACUGCCUACCUGGAACAAGUCGACGCAACCAAGUCGGAGGAUACAUCAACAACUGUUGGCUCGUUGCGCGACCUCAUGGGACAACUGAAUGACUCUUCUAACAAUGGCCGCUGCAUCUGGACUCCGGCCAAGCUAAAGUCUAUGAGUAGUUGGCAGCAGCAGGAUGCACAAGAAUACUACUCAAGAAUUAUGGAUGAUAUGGAAAAAGAGACAAAGACCACCAAAGCCGCACCAGGCACAGCAGGACUCAAAGAGGUUGGCUCGUUGGACACUGUCAAGGCAUCCGAUUCGACCCACCAAGAUUUGAUCGCACAAAAACCCAAUCCUCUCGACGGCUUCCUCGCUCAGCGUGUUGCGUGUACUAGCUGUGGCUUCUCCGAAGGUCUUUCUAUGAUCCCAUUCAACUGUCUUACGGUACCGCUCGGCAGAAACUACAGCUACAGGAUUGAGGACUGUUUGAACGAGUACACAGGUCUGGAAGAGAUAACUGGUGUGGAAUGUGCAAGAUGUACGCUUUUGCGUACCAAGUCCCAGCUUGAACACAUGACGACUGAAUCCGAGGACUCGACCGACCACUCUGUUCCCUCGUCUGCCUCUCUGCCUCCAGAGCUUCGUGCUAUGGUCCUCCAAAGGUUGCAAGCAGUAGAGCAGGCGCUUGCAGACGAAGAUGUUUCGGAUGACACAUUGAACAAANAAUGCCAGAUCCCCAAAAAGUCACGAGUAUCCAGCACCAAGACUCGUCAAGCUGUGGUUGCCAGACCGCCGCAGUGCUUGGUGAUACACGUAAAUCGAAGUGUGUUCGACGAGUACACAGGUGCGCAAAGCAAGAAUCUUGCCGAGGUUGCAUAUCCUAAGAUGCUCAAUCUGGGUUGUUGGUGUUUGGGCACUACCAAAAACGACGGUGAUCAAGAGGAAUGGCGCAUGAAUCCUUCGAGGUCUAUGAUUGGGUCUUCCGGUAACGAUUCGAGGACUCAGUACGUUCUCAGAGCUGUCGUGAAUCACUACGGUCGUCACGAUAAUGGUCACUAUACUUGCUACCGCGAGCAUCCAGAACACGUCCAAGAUACUAAGAACAACACUCCAUCAAAGCAUACACCUACAAAGUGGUGGCGACUCAGCGAUGAUGAGGUGUCCGCAGUCAGUGAAGAACAUGUCCUCGGACAGGGUGGUGUGUUCAUGCUUUUCUAUGAACGUCUGGACAUUUCUGCCCCCGAAAACAUACCCCAAGCCACGGAGAAGACGCAUCAGGAGGUGUUCACGACCGACAUAGCAACGAGCAUCAAGAUUGAAGAGCAGACAGACCAACCCGAGGCGAUCGUGGAGGAAAACAGAACUGUUCAGAACGGAACUGUUUCACAGCAGUCUAUCGAAUCGUCGCCAGAGAUAGAAGUGGAACAAGCACCACUGCCACUGCCAAACAGGAGGACAUCAACGCCUCAUAAGAUGCGGACGGCUGGUAAUAAGGGUCGGCGCAGGUCAUCAGGAUUCUCCCAGACACUCCAAGCGGUUGCUGCGACCUGA